AUGCUGGAUGUUCGGUUGAUUAAAGGUAAAGAAGCAGAAAAUACAUCAUCAGACAAACGUUAUCGACUUAUUCUCUCAGACGGUAGAAAUGUUUUUAGCUCAUGUGUGCUAGGUGCUGAUAUGAUUGAUUUGGUAAAAAACGAUAUUUUGAAGAAUAACUCGGCCGUUCGUGUUGAUCAGGUGGAUGUUUGCAAUGCUGGUGUAAAGGGUGACCGAGUAAUUUUGAUUAUUCGUGAAGUAGCAGUGGUGUUAAGCGGUUGCGAAAAGAUUGGCGAUCCUGCUCCACUCGAUAAUCAUGAUAGUACUCAACGAACUGAUAUUUCAUUAGGCAUUCCAAAAAAACAACGUUUUUCAACGGUUAGUAAAUCUGGUUUGGCUGAGAAAACGUCAAAUGACGAGUGGCAAGCAGACGACGCAAGUUCAAUUGGAGUAGUACUUGAAAAAGCCUAA